GCCAGUGAGCGGUCAGUGGGUGAAGGAGGGCAUCCUGGCGAGUGAGUCAGCCGUUUGGCUUCCCGAAGGGGGAUCGACUGUGAAGCGGAGCGGUUCGGGCGAGACAGAACACGCCUGGCUCAGAAUAUAUUAGUCCAGACCAGAGCGGAUUAGAACGGCUUGGCUUCGCGAGGGUCUCAAGAUGCACAGAUUAACGGGGAAAACGGGAGAAGACAGCUUAAUUGAGAUGAGCCCCACAGACUCUUUCAGCGAUGAUGUAAAUGGCUAUCACCAUCAUGCAUCAUCCAGCACAGGUUCACCGGAGCAGGAGCAGUCGGAGUUUGCUUUAACGCCCGAUGUGCGUGUAGAGAGCUGUGAGUCUCUCAACAACAGCCUGGCCUCGCUGGCUCCCUCUGACCACAGCGACAGUCCACAGUUUGAGCCUCAGACCAUAGAGCAAAUCAAUGCUUUAACUGGGUUUUCGAGAAAACGGGCCCUAUUCCUGAAGUUUCGUUCCAGGAUUGACAAGCAAAAAUACAGUAAGGACUCCGUGUUCUUCCGUGAUGGAGUGCGCAGGAUCGAUUUUGUUCUGUCCUAUAUUGACGAUAAAGAUGAUCAAAGGAAACAGGAAAGGAGGAGGGUGUAUGAAUCCAACUUACAGAAAGUCGGCCUGGAGCUGGAGACAGAAGAUAAAACUGAGUCAGAGGAUGGAAAGACUUAUUUUGUCAAGAUCCAUGCUCCGUGGGAAGUACUGGCCACAUACGCAGACGUGCUGAAAAUCAAGGUUCCUUUCAAGGUCAACGAUAUCCCAGACAACAGCGAGAUCCCCAUGAACUGGCUGUCGACGCCUUUCCGUCUGCCGGGGCACAUCAUGAACCCUGAGCCAGACUAUUUCACAGCUCCAUUCAACAAGAGCAAGUCUGACUUCUUCCUUAUCGAAGACAAAGAGACGUUCUUCCCUCCUUCUACUCGCAACAGGAUCGUCUACUAUAUCCUGGCACGCUGUCCAUACUUUAAGGAUGAAUGUGGGGAUAGAGACAAGAAGGGAAUCAAGAGGUUGCUCAACAAUGGGACCUACACUGCUGCCUUUCCUCUGCAUGAUUCAAGGUACUGGACAAAGUCAAAGGAUCCCAACUGCGAAAGUGAAAGAUUCAGUCUCUACAAAUACUGGGCCAAAUUCUUUUGUUUCUUCAAGGAGCAGCCCCUCAAUCUUGUGAGGAAAUAUUAUGGAGAAAAGAUAGGUAUUUAUUUUGCGUGGCUGGGUUUCUACACUGAGAUGCUGUUCUUCGCUGCUGUAGUUGGGACAAUUUGUUUUGUUUAUGGAUUCCUGACAUACGACGACAAUGAAUGGAGUAAAGAAAUAUGUAGUGAGGAAAUCGGAGGCAAUAUUGUCAUGUGUCCACUUUGCGACCAAAAGUGUACCUAUUGGAGACUCAACAUAACAUGCAACUCCUCGUGGCAAUCACACCUAUUUGACAAUGUGGCAACUGUGUUUUUUGCCAUAUUCAUGGGGAUUUGGGUGACGCUGUUUCUGGAGUUCUGGAAGAGGCGGCAGGCGCGUCUGGAGUACGAGUGGGAUCUGGUUGACUUUGAGGAGGAGCAACAACAGCUGCAGCUUCGGCCAGAGUAUGAGACCAAGUGCACCAACCGCAAGCUGAACCGCAUCACUCAGGAAUCAGAGUGGGUUCUUGAAAGGACUGCUACAGAUGUAAUGGGGAAAUUGUUUCUGUGCUGGGCCAGCGUGAUCCUCUGGAUCUCAUUGAUCAUUGCCUGCAUCAUUGGGGUCAUAGCAUACCGCUUGGCGGUAUACGCAUCCUUUGCUAGCAUCAUGAAGAACAAUACCGCCACCAACCUGGACGUGGUUGCCCCCUACGUCACCCCACAGCUGGCCACUUCUGUCACUGCCUCUUGCAUCAACUUUGUUAUCAUCAUGAUCCUAAACCUCUUGUAUGAGAGAGUGGCUAUUAAGAUCACUGACAUGGAAAUUCCGAAGACCCACGUGGAGUAUGAGAACAAACUGACAGUGAAGAUGUUCCUCUUCCAGUUUGUCAACUAUUACUCUUCCUGCUUCUACGUGGCCUUCUUUAAGGGAAAGUUUGUUGGCUAUCCUGGAAAUUAUACCUAUAUGUUUGGAAGCAGCAAACUGAGGAAUGAAGAGUGUGAACCUGGUGGCUGUCUGAUUGAGCUGACCACCCAGCUGGUGAUAGUGAUGACUGGUAAACAGGUGUGGGGCAACAUCCAAGAAGCUCUCGUUCCGUGGCUGAUGAACUGGUGGGGCAGCAGGAAGGCACGAAGUCACCCGGAGAGUCUGUACAGCCGCUGGGAGCAGGACUACGACCUGCAGGGCUUUGGGCAACUAGGCCUCUUCUAUGAAUACCUUGAAAUGGUGAUCCAGUUUGGUUUCAUCACACUGUUCGUUGCCUCCUUUCCCUUGGCACCCCUGCUGGCACUUAUCAACAACAUCAUUGAGGUUAGAGUGGAUGCCUGGAAGCUCACGACGCAGUUCAGACGCCCUGUAGCAGCCAAGGCCCACAGCAUAGGAGCCUGGGAGGAAAUCCUUGGUGGGAUGGCCGUACUCUCUGUAGUCACAAAUGCAUUCAUCGUGGCCUUCACAUCUGAUAUGAUCCCACGGCUAGUGUACAUGUAUGCCUACCGUACACACGAUGAGCUGAAUAUGAAAGGCUACAUAAACAACAGCCUGUCAGUGUUUAACAUCUCUCAGUUCUCCCUAGAAGAAAGGCCUGAGGAAUAUCCAUCCUGGUUCAACAGCAGUGUCACAACAUGCAGGUAUCGCGAUUACCGCUAUCCUCCCGACGAUAAGAAGAGGUACGAACACAACAUGCAGUUCUGGCAUAUUUUGGCUGCCAAGCUGGCUUUCAUCAUCAUCAUGGAGCAUGUUGUGUUUAUGGUCAAGUUCUUUGUGGCCUGGAUGAUUCCUGAUGUUCCAUCUGACGUGAGGGCUCGAGUAAAAAGAGAGCGCUACCUGGUCCAGGAGUACCUCCACAACUAUGAAGUGGAGAAAUUGAGGAUCCAGCUCAGCCAGAACAGCAACAAUGAGUGCACCUGCACACCCAUGAUCUACCCAUCUUUAUCCAAACAUGAGGUGCUAUCAGAGUGCCUCUAGCCCAGCAAGCUGCUGGUCAGUCAGUCGAACACAGUGACAAAGAUUUCCCUGCUUGUGUUUUCUGAUACUGACCACCAGUUUGCUGAAAUGCCAUGACACUUGCUAAAGUGCUAGACUUCUUGUUCUUUACUCGCAGCCAUCCCUCUUCUGCUAAUCAAGCAAUAGUAGAAGAUCACACAGGUGAAAGACCAAGUCUCCAUGCAUGCUGAAAGUUUGAGACACUUGACUUUAAACAUCUGUCACAUAUUUAUGAUUUCUCACUCUCUGUGUUCUAAUUGUGGUGUUGAAGAUGAUCACAAAUUUGGUUUAAGGAAAGGCAAAAUCUUAUACACUGUGUGUCAACCAGAGAGCUUUCUUAUGUUCUAAAUACAAGCCUAUUUAUUGUUAAGUGCCACUAUGAGUAACCAAAGAUUCGAUGCCUUAAUGUGUAAAGCAUAUGUUGUCAUUGGUGUGUCAGUCAAAUGAUAACUAAUGUAGUUUUAAGGCAGAGUUUGCUUAUUCUUGAAUAUUUUUUACUGUAUGUGCAGCUUUGUAGAGCCACACAAUAGAAAUUCAUGUUCAGCUCUAUUGUUUGUUUUUGUUUUUACUGUGAGCAUUGUUUAUUUCUCUGCAUCAAGGUCGCAGCACAACUUUAACAAAACCUUUCCUGUUCUUCACGCCACUGGCAGUUAGGAGGCCCAGGCACAUUUUUUGCUAUAUGCUCACAUUGGCCUCGACAGUUUCUGCAGGCCCAAACCUGACAUGUGAAGUAGCUACUUUGUUUUUUUUCUUUAAAUGAACAGAACUCUGUGCUGCUGUUACUGCUGUGACGAAGGACAGAUUUUGUCCUGCAGUGGCCAGUUUUUCAGCCACAGAAGCAGCAGCUGGUGCAUGUUGAAUGUUGACAGUCCGCCCCAUUCUUGGAGAUGGGAGUGAAGAGAUCCCUUUUUAAUGUGCCUAUGUUUACCAACACAGAGCUAAUGAAAGCCGGCCCUCACCUACUGAACUAUGUUUGCUCCAUUACACAAAGCACAUCAGCCAUCACCGCCUUCUUGUGCUUCUGGCUUCCUCAGCAGUGUCUUUGUAGAGAAGGAAAGACACACAUUUUGUUUUUUGGUUGUUGUUUUUUUUUGCACAAAGCACUUAAUGAAACAUGACUACCGAGAUAUAAACAUGUCAAUGUAAUUCUUGUCAUGACACUACAGAUUCAUGAGCAGUGUUUUGAAGUGUGUGCGAGUAACUGUUCCUUUAAAUGGAACAGGAGUCGUGCUGUAGGUAAGGAGUUCAAUGUUCUUUUAAAUGUUAACAAGAAGAUAAGAUGUAGUUUUUGAUUAGAGAUGAUAUGAAGGACAUUUCACAUUAUGUGGUUAUAUAGAGACAUGAGAAAUAUCUGUUACUGAAGUAUUUGAAUUUAAGUAGCUGACUGGUUGUGCUGUAGACUCUGUUUGAGGUGUAUUUACCUGUGACCACCUUACUGUUACAUUUUGCCUUAUUAUGUCUUCCUAGUUGAACCAGUGCCUGUUAAUGCCUUAAUGCAUCUAGUACUUUCCCUUUUGUGUGUAAUUCCCCUUUAUUUAUCUUUCAUGCUCACUUUCUUCCCUCCUGUAUUUCAUUUGUUUUGCUAUAAUAGUUCAAAUGUCCAUGCUUACAGAAAAAGGUGAAGGAGUUUACUGUUUCCUUAUAGUUUAAAUUUGUUUUUUCUAUUUUCUUAUGUCAUUUUUGUAAACCAGUCCUAUAUCCAAAAUGUGUAAUGUACCAAAAAAAUAAAGAAAGUACUAAUUAAA